AUGAACCAGACAGUAUCACUCUGGCAUAAGGUGCUAGAGACUAAAAGGUCAUCUCCAGCAGCCCACUCUUCUACUCAUAUCGCCAUAGACAUCUCCGCUCUAAACUGGCAAGAAUCUGUCGGAAGAGGAACGGUGACAGGAUACGGUGAUGUAGAGUGUCGCAUACUCAACACCGGAGACUCAAGUCGACGGGCUUUGACUAUAUACCGAGACCUACAAGAUAGAGCACAUAUCCAGAAGUUCCACGGCAUCGUGGAUAUAAACGAUCAAGACCAUGUCAUCAUGCAAGACUGUUCCAUGUUGCCAACGCUUCAGAGUUGGCGCAGCGAUCCCAGUCGAGUGCUUACUCUUCGAGACCGAGUGAACGUCGCAUAUGACGUGGCUCAGUCUAUCGCUUGCCUUCAUGAGGGCGGACUCGUUCUCAAGUAUAUAACCGAAUCUUCCAUACGUCUCAGGAGCGAUCAGAAUUCUCGUCUGCACCCUGUCCUUACCCAGCUUGAUUAUACGCGCUGUCUUUACGAGAAAACAAAUAGCAUCCGUAUAGAUCACAGAUACGAAUCCCAAGAGAUCAUUACACAGCUAAUGGGUAAAACUCCAUCCAUGCCACAUUCUCAUGAAACUGAUGUCUGGAGCCUGGGGGUUGUCGUUUGGCAAAUUCUUACAGACGGAACCCCAUACCUGAUCGAAGAGGCUUUGUACUUUCAUGAUUACCAACAAGACGCUGCAAAACUUCAACGCGGCUUGGAUGUCUGUCCCCUGCCGGGGGGCUUCCCUGAUGGAUUCCCCCCGCCGCUAAUCGAGAUUGUUCAGGGCUGUUGGUCUCCGAUUGAUCAGGGCCGAUCAUCUUCAAAGACCAUAGCAAGCUCUUUGCUUCGAUCACUGGCUCUUCUCGAUAGGAUUGUAAUUUCCUCGGUGCAAAAGUGUGUUGGUAACUCUGUGAGAAUCGAAAACUCCCAGGAUUUGGAACUGGCUCGAUCGACGGCAUGGCAACUGGUUUGGGAGGCUAGAAAGAGAGCCAAGGUCAAAGACGAGCAAGUUGGUCAGCUGAGCGACCACCAUGCCUCCGUUCUUCUCCAUCAUUCCGAGAAUCCAAAACACCCAGAAUGUGCUUUUCUCGUUGGCUCUCUCAUUUGGUGGGAUCUUAUCAACGUCUCGUUGUUGAACGACUUGGCAAAACCUCGCUCUCAUUUGGGAUUUGAUGGUCGACGAGCGGAAGUUGCGCUUAAGUACUUGCUCUUAGCAAGCGACAGAGGGCACAUACAGGCUAACUUUGAGAUCGCGAAAGCGUAUGAAGCUCUUUGCCGUGAUUACUAUGCACGAAGGGAGGUUGUGCAUGGUUUAUAA